AUGGUUGGAGACACGGUCCGUGUUUGGAGGAUAUUAUUCUUUAACCCUCCUGUUGUCUCGGCGGGUCAGAGUGACCCCGGGCAGGGUUACGAGUUGAUCCCCCGUGUCUGUGUGGGUCAGAGUGACCCCGGGCAGGGUUACGAGUUGAUCACCCGUGUCUGUGUGGGUCAGAGAGACCCUGGCAGCCUUAGCAAGAGUGACCCCGGCAGCCUUAUCAAGGUGUAUGUCGUAAGCCUCCUACCCCUGUCUGGGCCGGGUCAUAGUGACCCCGGCCAGCGUUACGAGUUGAUUCCCCCCCUGUCUGUGUGGGCCGCCGUAGAGAGGCUACUAAUAUUGUCAGGAAGAAGAAGAAGGAAGAAGAAGGAAGAAGAAGAAGACGAGGACAACGACGAGGAGGAAUACGACCCCGCCGAGCGUGAGCCCUCCGCCUACGACUGUAAGCCGGCCGUCCUGGAACAGAUAUCCUCCAGUGUCGACCAAGAAGACGAGGAAGACUACAUGGAAUCCGAAGAGGAGGACGUUUCGGAAGAUGAAGACGAGCGAGAGGGAGAGCGAGAGGGAGACACGGCCGCUGCCCGAGAGCGAGACACAGCCAGAGAGCCAGAGCGAGACAGAGAGGACGCGGCGGCAGCCGCCCGAGCCCAAAGGGAGACGUUGCUGUCAAAGAACGGCAAAAUCAAAUGGUCCUCCGUGGCCUAUCGCGGCCCGGACCGGCCCCGCGCCAUCCGCCGCCCCGGCUCCAUCGUGACGCCGGGCCCCACGGCCUACGCCGCGUCGCGAGCGCUCGACAUCGAGUCCGCCUUCCGGCUGUUUGUCACACCGGCGAUAGAAAGGAUCAUUGUGGACAUGACAAAUCUGCAGGGGGUGAGAAAAUACGGCGACGGCUGGCGACCCAUGGACUCCACCGACCUGCGCGCCUACGUAGGGCUGCUGAUCCUAGCCGGCGUCUACAGGUCCCGAGGCGAGGCCGCGGCCAGCCUGUGGGACGCCGAGAGCGGCAGGACCGUGUUCCGCGCCACCAUGCCGCUCAAGGUGUUUCACAAGUACUCGAGGCUGCUGCGAUUCGACGACCGCCAGUCGAGACCCGCCAGACUCGCCACCGACAGACUGGCGGCCAUAAGAGAGGUAUGGGACCUGUGGGAGGAGCGGCUGCCGGCCCUCUACAACCCGGGGCCCGACCUGACGGUGGACGAACAACUGGUCCCGUUCAGAGGACGCUGUCCUUUCCGGCAGUACAUUCCCAGCAAGCCGGCCAAAUACGGCAUCAAGUCGUGGGUGGCCUGCGACGCCAAGUCCAGCUACGCUUGGAAGAUGCAAGUCUACACCGGCAAGGCGGCCGGCGGAGGCCCCGAGAAGAACCAGGGCGCCCGCGUCGUCCUCGAUCUGACCGAGGGACUGCCGGGCGGUCACAACGUCACGUGUGACAAUUUCUUCACCUCCUACGAACUGGGCCAGCGGCUCCUCGAGAGGAACCUCACCAUGGUGGGCACGGUGAGAAAGAACAAGGCCGAGCUCCCGCCCGCGCUGCUCCAGUCAAAGGGCAGACAGGUCCUGUCCUCCAGGUUCGCCUUCACGCCCACCGCCACUCUAGUGUCCUACCUGGCAAAGAGAAAUAAGAACGUGCUACUUCUGAGCACGCUGCACGCGGAGCCCGACGUUAGCGAUCGCCGCGACCGGAAGCCGGCCCUCAUCCUAGACUACAACUGCAACAAGGGCGGCGUGGACAACCUAGACAAGGUGGUCGGGACCUACAGCUGCAGACGGAUGACCGCCCGCUGGCCCCUGGUCAUCUUCCACAACAUCCUCGACGUGUCCUCCUACAACGCCUUUGUCAUAUGGCGAGAGAUCAAGCCCGACUGGAUGCCUGGGAAGCGGAACAAGAGGAGGGUGUUCCUGGAGCAGCUCGGAAAGGCACUCGUGAAGCCCUUGAUACAAAGAAGGCAGCGGCUCCCCCGCACCCAAGCCGCGUCCGCACUUGUCAAAGUCCUACAGAGUGCCACCGCCGAGGCUCGUCCGCCAGCCCGGGAGCAAGCCGCUGGCCCGGCCGCCGCCGCCCCAGCCGCCCCGCCGGUGGCGAGUAAGAGGAAGAGGUGUCAGCUCUGCCCACCCAAGAAGGACGCCAAGACCUACACCGCGUGCUGUAGGUGUAACAAAUACAUCUGCAAAGGCUGUUCACACGCAUACUGUCAAACUUGUGCCCACUGGGCCUUUAGCCAAGACGGGACAGGGUGA